AUGGCGGCACAGGACGUGCUCCCCCCGCCUGUGCAGGACUCGGUCGACAUCAGCCAUACACCUCUCAUCCCUUCCACCUCGAGCGCACGACCCGAUGCGCACACCCAACGCUAUGACCGCCAAUUGAGGUCAGUCUGACGCGCGCUGCGAGCUGCGAGCUGCGAGCUAUAGGAGAUUGCCGCUGAGCCGACUCUGGCCGCAUCACAGGCUGUGGGCCAAGUCGGGUCAAUCCGCUCUGGAGAAUGCGGAUAUCCUCGUCGUGAAUGCGACCGCUACGGCUGCUCAGACGCUCAAGAACCUCGUUCUUCCCGGUCCGUCACUUCCGCUCGACUCAUGUGGGGUUCGAGCUCCACCUCGGCUUGGGAACGGCCAACUGCAACUGACCUGACCGGACUCUCCUCGACGCUCGCCAGGUAUUGGCAAAUUCACCCUCCUCGAUCCAACCAAAGUUCAAGGCUCCAGCAUUGGCAACAACUUCUUCCUCGACCCGACCAGCCUCGGCAAGAACAGGGCCGAGCAAGUGACCCAGUUCUUGCUCGAGAUGAACAGCGACGUCAAGGGGGAGGCCAUAGUAGAGGUGUGUUCGCGCCCCCGUACGGCUUUCCAACGGACCGAGCUGAUCUCUUGCGGCCAUACACGACUACCAGGACCUCUCCUCGCUGCUCUCGACCUCACCCGAAGCGCUCGAAAAGUACUCGCUCUUCAUCGCCGUCGACGUCAACCCGACCGACUUGCUCCAGCUUUCAGACCUCGCAUGGAAGUACCACACCCCCCUUAUCAAAGUACGAUCCUGUGGUUUCUACGGGUCCUUGAGGACUCAAAUCAACGAAUUGCCUAGCAAGUCCCUCGAAAGCUCUCUCUCAAAAUGAAAGCGAUCCUGGCUCAUCCGAGACUUUUUCGUCCCACAGUCGUCGAGACCCACCCCGAGAGCCUGAUCGACCUCCGAGUGCAUCACCCGUUCCCCGAACUGAUCGAGUACGCCAACAGUUUCAAUUACGACCGCAUGGACAGCGCCGAGUUUGGCCACGUCCCCGCCGUCGUCAUCCUCGUCAAGGCGUUACAGGAAUGGCGAGAAAGCGUGAGGAUGAGCUUUACGCUCAGUAUAAAGACCCUGUAUUUGUACUGAAAAAAUCCCUUCCAUCGUCUCUCACUUAGCACGAAGGGAAAGGACCCAGUACGACGACCGAACGCAAGCAAUUCGCCGACUCGGUCCUGGCCAAGAAGCGCCAGCACGACGACGAGAACUUUGACGAAGCCGUGACCUUGUUCAGGAGAGCGGGAACAAAGACGGGAGUGCGUCGCGCCACCUGGAUCGUCCCAGGUCAACUUUACUUUGAAGAAAGAUGCUGACUCUCGAAUUGCCGUGCACAGAUCCCGAGUGAAGUGCAGGCGUUAUUCGACGAUCCGUCGUGUAGCGACGUUUCUGCCUCUGUGCGUCAAUGAGCCACGUCGAGUUCCCUGGGUAUCCCAGCUGACUUAGACGGGAAGGAUCGCGCACAGUCCGCCAACUUUUGGCUUCUCCUGCACGCCGUUCGUCUCUUCACCCUUCACGCAUCGAACCCGUCCGGUCUUUUACCCCUCUCCGGAGCUCUCCCCGACAUGAAGGCGCAUUCCUCCGUCUACGUCGGUCUACAGAACGUCUAUCGCACCAAAGCCCAACAAGAUCUCCACCUCGUCACUUCCUUACUCUCCCAACUCCUCCAAUCGCUAGGUCUCGAUCGCUCCCGAAUCGAAGUAGAAGAGAUCGAGACUUUCGUCAAACAUUCGGCCUACCUCAAAGUCGUACGAGGGAGGUCCUUGAGGAUGGAGAUGGAGCAAUCCUUGUUGAGCGAAAAGGGAAAGUUGAAGGAAGUGAUCGAGGCGGCGAAAUGGGACGAUGUACCUACGCGUGCUAUGGAGAUUUAUUUGGCGUUGAGGGGGGCUGAGGUGUUUUAUGAGAGGAGGGGCAGGGAGCCGGGGACUGGGGAAGGGGAUGAGGACGGUACGGCGGAUAAGGAAGACUUGGUGGGGAUCGUCAAGGAGGUUGUGGAGGGGUUGGGAGGGGGAUGGGACGAAGAGGCGUGGGAGGAAAUUGAAAAGACGUGUUGGGAAGUGUGAGUUACCAUUGAGGUGGCUUCUCGUCAGCUUUUACGGGUGGCUCCGGCGAAUCUUGAAAGCUGAAGCCGCUCAUUGGACGUUUCACAGCUGUCGAGCAGGCGGGUCGGACCUCCCUCAGAUUGCUGCUUUGUUGGGGGGGAUGGUCGCACAGGAGGCGAUCAAGAUCGUGACUAAGCAAUAUGGUCCGCUCAAUGGGACGUGCGUGUUGAAUGGCAUUGCCUCGGCGACAGGGGUCAUCAAGGCUUGA